CUUUCUCACUUUUCCUGCAGUUUUGAUCAGCAGCAUCUGAUUGCUCCCCGAGUCCAAUGGAUCCGCAAGAACGUGUAGAGGAGCCUGAAGAGAGGAAGGGGAAGCUUACAGCGACGCUUUUCCUGGUAACUUUGAUCUCUACCGUUGGGUCAUCUUUCCAGUACGGAUACAAUGUGGCUUCCGUGAACUCCCCUAGUAAUUUAAUGAAAACCUUUUAUAAUGAAACCUACGCUGAUCGUUAUGGCUCUGUUCUAAGUGAUAGCCUCUCAUCUGUGCUCUGGUCUCUCACUGUUUCUUUGUACCCUCUCGGGGGCUUCUUUGGGUCCUUGAUGGUAGGUCCUCUUGUCAACUCAAUUGGCAGGAAAGGGACCUUGCUCCUCAACAACAUUUUCUCCAUCGUCCCAGCUGUCUUAAUGGGGACCAGCGUUGUGGCCAACACCUUUGAAGUCAUUAUCGCCUCGCGGCUGGUGAUAGGAAUCUGUGCAGGCCUGUCUUCGAAUGUCGUUCCCAUGUACUUGGGCGAAAUGUCUCCUAAAAAUCUCCGUGGAGGCAUUGGAGUGAUCCCACAGUUGUUGAUCACAAUUGGUAUCUUGAUGGCGCAGAUCUUUGGAAUUCGCUUUAUCCUCGGAAACACAAAAGGUUGGCCAAUAUUGUUGGCGCUCACUGGGAUCCCCGCUGUGCUAGAGUUGAUUGUGCUUCCCUUCUUUCCGGAGAGUCCACGGUACACUUUACUCAAUAAAAGGGAUGAAGACAAAGCCAAGCGAGCACUGCAGCGUUUGAGAGGAUGGGAAGAUGUUGACGGUGAACUAAAGGAGAUAUAUCAAGAAGAGCAGUCAGAGAGAGCAGAAGGACGUUUGUCUGUAAAGAACCUGUGUACUUUCCGGCCUCUGCGCUGGCAGUUAAUCAUUAUUAUUGUCUUGAACAUGGGUCAACAACUCUCCGGGAUCAAUGCGGUUUAUUACUACGCAGAUAGCAUAUAUGCAAAGGCUGGGGUUCCUGGGGACACCAUCCAAUAUGUAACUGUAGGAACAGGAUCAGUCAAUGUACUGAUGACUUUGGCUGCAGUGUUCAUUGUGGACUCCUGGGGAAGGAGGAUUUUGCUGCUUGUUGGCUUUGGGACUUGUUGUGCAUCUUGUGUUGUUCUCACCAUCGCUCUCGUUUACCAGUCAACUGUGUCAUGGAUGCCAUACCUAAGCAUUGUCUGCGUCAUUCUCUAUGUUGUUGGACAUGCCAUCGGACCCAGCCCCAUCCCCUAUGUGAUCACAACCGAGAUGUUCCGCCAGGCCUCGCGCCCGCCAGCGUUCAUGGUGGCCGGUAGUGUACACUGGCUGUCAAACUUUGUAGUUGGACUCAUUUUUGAAUUUCUCAUGAAAGGAUUGGGCUCCUACUGUUUCGUCCUCUUUGCUGCCAUUUGCCUGGCUACAUUUAUUUUUAUUUAUUUUUUCAUUCCUGAAACCAAAGGCAAAUCAUUUCUGGAGAUUAGCCAAAUAAUGGCAAAAAGGAACGGAACUGGUGAGAAAACAGACUCCAAGGAACUUGGGGACCUGCAUCCAUUCUGUGACGAAAUGGCAUCGGAAAAGAAAGAUAACGCUACCGUCACACCAUUGUGAGAGAUUAGAUGGUCCGCUAUCUUCUUCACUGCCAUGGGUGCUUGGACCAAAAGAGGGGCUAUAAAGACUGUUAUGGACCAUUAACACUGUACUGACCAUUUGUAAUUUGUAAAACUUUUCUCAAGCAAUAAGAGAAAAAUAGUAGCCAAAAUUACCUCUCAUUGCAGAGAGGUGGGAAAGGAGAGCCUGGGAGCAAUUUCUUUUAUUUGAACGUUUACAAAUGACCACAGAGGAUGUGAAUCUGGGUGCUGGGGGGAGUCCUAUGUGUGCAAUCUUUGUACCAUCGUUGGCUUUUGGGGUGUACAACCUGUGAUCUAUGCCUGCAAUUUAUAGUUUCCAUGCAUUAUUUCUUUGAUCUAUACAUUAAAUGCUGAGUUUGCUUGUGAUUCUGCAGUUGGUCUAUACAUGCAA